UUUUCCAAAAUAUACCUAGGGCUAUAAGCCUAUAACCAUAGAACGUACUAUAUAAUGUUCUAUGCUAUAACCUAUGUAUUAUUUAAUGUUUUCUACAUAUGAACUAUUCACAUUUCACUAUAUCUAGUGACUGACCAUAUCAGUAUAUCACUAUAUAAUACAACUACUAUAGUAUUGAAAUAUUAUAUUUAUUAUUUACGGUCAUCUGGACAUCCUUUCUUAGGUUUCAAAAUCGUCUGCCUCUAGUGACGUUGUAUCGCAGUUGAUAAUUUACUAUUAUAUUGGACAUCAUGUUUAGAAAACUUGCAUCUGCGGUUUCAACAGUUCGCUUAGCACAAAACAAUCUCCAGAACAUUCCAAAGUUCAAUCAAAUUGCAAUUACUAAUUCAGUUACACGAUCAUUUUCUUCAUCUCCGGUGACCAAUGUUAAGGUACAAGAACCUGCACCACAAUUUGAGGGUAAAGCAAUUAUUGAUGGACAAAUAAAAGAUAUUAAAUUAUCAGAUUUUGCUGGAAAAUACUUGGUUUUAUUUUUUUAUCCCUUGGAUUUCACAUUUGUAUGUCCUACUGAAUUAGUGUCAUUUAGUGAUCACAUUGAUGAAUUUAAAAAAAUUGGUGUAAAUGUAGUUGGCUGUUCAUGUGACUCACAUUUUUCACAUUUAGCAUUUGUUAACACUCCUCGAAAGCAUGGUGGUUUGGGUGGACUGUGUUAUCCACUAUUAUCAGAUUACAAAAAAGAAAUUGCUAAAGCCUAUGAUGUUCUUAUUGAACCUGAUGGCAUACCAUUACGUGGCCUCUUUAUUAUAGACCCUAAGGGAAUAAUAAGACAAAUUACCAUUAAUGAUCUGCCAGUAGGCCGUAGUGUAGAUGAAGUUCUAAGACUUGUUCAAGCUUUCCAAUUUGUUGACAAACAUGGAGAAGUUUGUCCAAUGAACUGGAAGCCAAAUAGUCCAACUAUUAAACCAGAUCCAAAUCUUUCAAAGGAAUAUUUUGAUAAAGUCAACAAGUAAAUUAUAGUUCAACGUUGAAAAUACUCUAAAAUUAUUUUCACAGUAUUUAAAAUUAAUCAGGAAUAUUAUCUUCCAAUAAAAAAAAAGAAAUUAUCAUGGA